AUCACAACAAACAGCAGAAACAGCAGCGCAUAAUUUCAUGCAAAAAUUAUAAUUACAAUUCACGUGUUGUCACUUGUCACAUCACAACUUUGUGAUUUUAUUGGCAGAUAUUACCAUACAUUACAAAUAAAUCUUCGAACUUCACCGAGAGCAAAAAUUUCUUGAAUAAUAUGAUCAUAAUGAUGUCGCAUAAUGUUACAGAUGAUAAGGAGACUCUUUUCAAUCCUGCCGUUGGUGUUGUCGUCUAACGCAAUCAGCAGCCACACCAAAUACCUGCCAGGGUUCACUCAGAGCCAAGUUUACAACCGGUACCUUCGAAAUUACACCUUUGUCAUGACUUCAGUGACUGAAACAUCCUCCUGCCAAUUGGCGAGGACCAUAGGAGAGUGGUCCUUUGCACCCAAUACCCUUUUGUCGCUGCCACUGGACGAGGUGGAGGAAAACUAUGUGCGGAGGGACGUUCGCCAGGCUGUUUUCUCAAAAGUCACACCAACCCCUCUGCAGAAAAACUUGCAGCUCGUCGCUGUGUCUGAUAAUGCAUUGGUGUCUAUUUUGGAUAUGGACCCUGUAAUUGCGAACACUGAGGAAUUUGUUCAGUUUGUGGCUGGCGACAAAAUUCUCCCAAGUUGCACACCGCUGGCCCAUCGCUACGGAGGUCACCAGUUUGGCGUCUGGGCCUCGCAGCUUGGAGACGGCAGGGCAAAUUUGCUUGGUGAAUAUGUCAACAGGGCCGGAGAAAGGUGGGAAUUGCAGCUGAAAGGGUCAGGCCUCACACCUUACUCCAGAGGUGCUGAUGGACGGGCUGUGUUGAGGUCUUCCGUCAGAGAAUUCCUAGCUGCUGAGGCUAUGUAUUAUUUAGGCGUUCCAACGUCUCGAGUAGCAGCCCUCAUAACCAGUGACGUUGGGGUCAUCCGAGAUCCCCUUUACAACGGCAACCCUGUCGUUGAAAAAGCCUCUGUAGUGCUUCGUUUAGCGCCAUCCUGGUUCCGCAUAGGCUCCUUAGAACUGCCCGUCAAGCGUGGAGAAACAGCAACACUGCGCGCCCUCCUCACUUACCUCAUCAGCACAUCCUUCCCGGAAUUGUGGCAGAAGACAGAAAAAAAUUUGGCUGAGGCGUGUGUUACGUUCGGACUUGAGGUCGCCAAGCUUAACUACAAAAUGUGGGUCGAGUGGCAAAGGGUGGGCUUUGUCCAUGGAGUUAUGAAUUCGGACAAUAUCAGCUUGAUGGGAGUCACCAUCGACUAUGGCCCUUUUGGAUUCAUGCCUGCCUUCAACCGCAGAUACGUUCCAAACACAUCUGAUGAUGAGGCAAGGUAUUGUUACCAGCAACAAAUAAGAGCCCUGUUUUUUGACUUGGAGAAAUUGCGGGAGUCUCUAGGCUAUGUGAUAACCUCGGACUACAACACAGACCCUGAUGUAAAAGCAAAGCUCGUCCAAGAAAUGGCGGAAGGUUUUAGAUUCCUCAGAAGGCAGUCUGAUGUUGAUUUGGAAAAUAUGUAUUUGAAGAAGUUGGGCUUGACAAAGACUGACCAUUACGAAGUUGUGGAAAAACUUCUUAUCCUCAUGGAAGAUGCGAAAGCCGAUUUUACUGCCACAUUCCGCCAGUUAUCAGAGGCAAACAUAACUGAGAUGGAGAAUAUUGAGGCUACAAAGUUUUGGGCCUUAAAAGAAAUCAAAGGACACAAGGAUUUUGAUUUGUUCUGGUCUAUGUAUGUUGCUGCCUUAAAAGAAGAGUGCGUUGAAGAGGAAGAGAGGAAGCGAGUCAUGUGCAGUGUAAACCCUUGCUAUGUGCUUCGGAACUGGAUUGCACAAGAGGCAAUUGCUGAAGCUGAAAAUGGCAAUUUCCAACUUGUGCGAAAAGUGGAAAAAAUUCUUCAGAGGCCCUACGAGAGACAAGAAGAAGCGGAUCGUCUUAACUUCGGCGGGAAACCACCAACCUGGGAAAAGCAGCUCAAGGUGAGUUGCUCCAGUUGACAUUCGAGUAGUUAGUGAGGUGAUGGUAAUUAGACUAUUGGAGCUCUGAAUUUGCUGAUUUAUUCGAACUAAAUUUUGGAUCAAUUAGUUCAGUUUGAUUGGGAAAUAGAAAAUUGCGUGUGAUUAUAUGAAGAAGUGCGUGAAAAGUGACAGUGAAUAACUUGCUAACAAAAUUUUAAAGAGGAAAAUCGUUUGAAAUAAAAUCAACUCUGAAAAUUUAUAGUAUUUAAAGGUUAGUUUUUUAUUAAGUAUACUGCAUCAUUAACUAUGAUGGUUAAUAUCAAGUUGGAUACCAAAAAAAGCAUCCCCAUUGUCCUUUUAACAUCUUAACACACACAAGAUUUCCAUUUAUUUAUUUAUUUUUACGAUGCAUUGGAAAAAUCCUAUUUUGUUCACUUUGUUCGAAAACCCCGAUGCUCUAGGGUAUUCCGUUGGGGUAAUCUGACAACUUUUGAGACACACUAGGGAGGUCUUUACAGAAAUUGGCUCAGCUAUAGUCUUUGGAAUCAUUAAGGCUCAUGUUGAUGGCCUGGUUAGGAACUUGGAACUCUUUAGCUGGAGGAACAGAAAUAAUCUUUUGUCGUUUUAUUGGUUGCAAAAUAAUCAUACCAGUUGCCGGUGAGAGAUGAUCACCGUCACAAGUAUUGAAGCUUUUCUGCAGCACAUUUAUAGUUCCUUCUCUUGCACAAAGUUAUGGAGGGGGCAGGGGGCUUAUUUUUUAUUGCUUGGUGAAUAAAAUAUUUUUUGAUGUCUAAAAACAAAAAAUUACCUGGCAAAUUUGAAUAAAAUGAAGAUUAAAAACAAUUUGAAUUAGAUUCAAUGUUUUAAUGCUUUUCACAAAAGAAAACAUUUUCAGAGCAAAA